CGCCUUCGCGCUGCGUCUCCGCCAGGCGCGGGCCGCGGCGCAGUUCCCGGGAACCUCUGCGGGGCGGCGGCGGCGUUUCCGGGAAGCUGGUUGGCGGGCUGAUCCGACUCCUGUGCGGGGCGGAAGUGGGCGGCUGCGGUCCGAGGGGAGCCGCGCUGCGGGCGGAAUCUGGCCGAGCUGGAGGGCGCCGGGGAGCGGAGCUCGGGCGGCCCCCGAGGCCCGGGCGAGCGGACAGCUGCGGGGCCUGCGGCGAGCGCGGCGGUGCCCGGGGAGCGCGGAGGAGAUGGGGCGCCGAGCCGGGUUGGGGUCGGGGCCUCGGCCAUGUUCGCGGGGCUGCAGGACCUGGGCGUGGCCAACGGCGAGGACUUGAAGGAGACGCUGACCAACUGCACCGAGCCGCUCAAAGCCAUCGAGCAGUUCCAGACAGAAAAUGGCGUGCUGCUGCCCUCUCUGCAGUCGGCCUUGCCCUUCUUGGACCUGCAUGGGACGCCCCGACUGGAAUUCCACCAGUCAGUGUUUGAUGAGCUUCGGGACAAGCUGCUGGAGCGCGUGUCAGCCAUUGCCACAGAGGGGAAGGCCGAGGAGAGGUACAAGAAGCUCGAGGACCUUCUGGAGAAGAGCUUUUCUCUGGUGAAGAUGCCAUCUCUGCAGCCAGUGGUGAUGUGCGUCAUGAAACACUUGCCCAAGGUUCCUGAGAAGAAGCUGAAGCUGGUGAUGGCCGACAAGGAGCUGUACCGGGCCUGCGCCGUGGAGGUGAAGCGGCAGAUCUGGCAGGACAACCAGGCGCUCUUUGGCGACGAGGUCUCCCCGCUGCUGAAACAGUACAUCGUGGAAAAGGAGAGCGCGCUCUUUAGCACGGAGCUCUCCGUCCUGCACAACUUCUUCAGCCCUUCCCCCAAGACCAGGCGCCAGGGCGAGACAAGAAACGUCGCCACCCGGCACAAGUCGAUGUUUUGCGAGAGAGAAAGCUUAGCCCCACAGGGUCGCGGGGUGCGCAAGGCCAGCCCGGUGUCCCGGCAGGUGGUGCAGAGGCUGACCCGGAUGGUGGGCCGCAACGUGAAGCUGUACGACAUGGUCCUGCAGUUCCUGCGCACGCUCUUCCUGCGCACCCGCAACGUGCACUACUGCACGCUGCGUGCUGAGCUGCUCAUGUCCCUGCACGACCUGGACGUCGGCGACAUCUGCUCCGUGGACCCCUGCCACAAGUUCACAUGGUGCCUGGACGCUUGCAUCCGGGAGCGGUUCGUGGACAGCAAGAGGGCCCGGGAGCUGCAGGGCUUCCUUGACGGAGUGAAGAAGGGGCAGGAGCAGGUCCUGGGGGACCUGUCCAUGAUCCUGUGUGAUCCCUUCGCCAUCAACACCUUGUCGCUGAGCACCGUCAGGCACCUGCAGGAGCUGGUGGGCCAGGAGCUGCUGCCCAGGGACAGCCCGGAUCUCCUGCUCCUGCUCCGGCUGCUGGCGCUGGGCCAGGGCGCGUGGGACAUGAUCGACAGCCAGGUCUUCAAGGAACCCAGGAUGGAGGUGGAGCUGGUCACCAGGUUCCUGCCCACGCUCAUGUCCUUCGUGGUGGACGACCACACCUUCAACGUGGAUCAGAAGCUCCCGGCCGAGGAGAAGGCCCCGGUCGCGUACCCGAGCACGCUGCCAGAGAGUUUCACCAAGUUCCUGCAGGAGCAGCGCAUGGCCUGCGAGGUGGGGCUCUACUACGUGCUGCACAUCGCCAAGCAGAGGAACAAGAACGCGCUCCUGCGCCUGCUCCCGGGGCUCGGCCCAGGUUCUGGCCCUCAGGCCCGGGUCGGGGAGGUGGGUGUCGGGCGAGCUGGGCGACGCCUGCUGUGCUUGCAGUGGAGACCUUCAGCGAUCUGGCGUUCGGGGACAUCUUCCUGCACCUGCUCACGGGCAACCUGGCGCUGCUGGCGGACGAGUUUGCCCUGGAGGACUUCUGCAGCAGCCUCUUCGACGGCUUUCUCCUCACCGCCUCCCCGAGAAAGGAGAACGUGCAGCGGCAUGUGCUGCGGCUCCUCCUCCACCUGCACCACCGGGUGGCCCCGUCCAAGCUGGAGGCCCUGCAGAAGGCGCUGGAGCCCACAGGCCAGGGAGGGCGAGCUGCAUGCCAAGCGCCGCCCCUGCGCCAUGGACCGCGGCCAGCCCAGCCCGGAGCCCGCGGCAGCGGAGCCCGCGGCAGCGGACCCCGUCGCCCCCGGCCCGAGCGUGAUCGCGCCCGUGCGCGCCGUGGUCCGCCUGCGCCGCCGCGUGCGCCUCCUGCGCAAGCGGUGCCUCCCGCCUCCGGCCGUGAGGCUGGACUUCGAGCCCCGGGCGCCGCGCGCUGACCCAGACCAGCCGCAGUUCUUCACCUUCGACGGCCCGGCGGAGCUGUCCUCGAGGCCGCGGCGAAAGAAGCGCCGGCGCAGCCGCGUCGUGCUCUACCCCGAGACGUCGCGCAAGUAUCGGCCGCGCGCGGAGCGCCGGAGCCGCGCGCAGCGUUGCCUGUUGUUGCUUGUGGCCAUCGUGGGCUUCCAGGUGCUCAACGCAAUCGAGAACCUGGACGAUAACGCGCAGCGCUAUGACCUUGACGGGCUGGAGAAGGCGCUGCAGCGCGCCGUGUUCGGCCAGCCGGCGGCCGUGGGGCGCAUCGUGGCGCUGCUGCGGGACUACCUGGCAACGCACGUGCACAGCCGCCCGCUGCUCCUGGCGCUGCACGGGCCCAGCGGCGUGGGUAAGAGCCAUGUGGGCCGCCUGCUGGCGCGCCACUUCCGCGCGGUGCUCGAGGACGGCGCGCUCGUGCUGCAGUACCACGCGCGGCACCACUGCCCCGAGCGGCGCGCCGCGGAGGACUGCCGCCAGGAGCUGGGGCGGCGCGUGGCCGACGUGGUGGCGCGGGCCGAGGCGGAGGAGAAGACCCCGCUCCUGGUGCUGGACGACGUGGAGCUCCUGCCGCCGGCGCUGCUGGAUGAGCUGCACGGCUUCCUGCAGCCGCAGCGCUCGCACCACUUCCACAACGCCAUCUACGUGCUCCUCAGCGGCAGCGGCGGCGCGGAGGUCACGCGCUCCGUGCUGCAGAACGCGUCCCGCGCUCUGGCCCUGCGCGCAGACGGCGCCCACGGGGCCGCGGCCGCGGCGGUGGCGGCACAGGCCGAGGAGGAGCUGCGCGCCAGCCUGAGGGCGCUCCUGGUCCGCGAGCACCCGCUGUGGCAGGCCGCGGCCAUCGUGCCCUUCCUGCUGCUGGACAAGGGGGACGUGGUCAACUGCUUCCGGGACGAGAUGGCCGGGGAGGGCUUCUUCCCGGAGCAGACCCGCGCCGAGCUCCUGGCCGCGCAGCUCAGCUACUACCGCGUGGCUGGCCGCGAGUUCGCCGUCACUGGCUGCAAGCAGGUGGUGGCCACGGUGAACCUCCUGUAGCGCAGGCGCCGCCGGACGCAGUGGACGCCCCCGGGCACGACGGAACGUUGGUUUGACAGUGAGGGUGGAGGGAGGGGACCCUGAUGGAUUUGCUCCAGGCCUCUAAACCCCGAAUAAAUCUGUCCAUG